AUGUCGCAGCCCGACACCGACGCGACGAACCAGGCGUUGGCCGCCGCCAAGGAGCGCCAGGACGCCGAGGCCGCCAAGGCCAAGCUGCCUCUCGCGACCGCCGUUGGUGGAUCAGGGACGAGCGCGGGGUCUUUCUCCUUGACCUCGCUGCACGCCCAGGCCGUCGGCCUCCACUCCAUCAAAGGCCACGUUCCCGUCGAGCUCGCGCUCGACACCGGCGUUCACCAGCAGUGGAGCACCUUCUUCCGCGCCGCCUGUCGCAAGUACGCCCUCCUGGAUCACCUCGACUUCGAUGCUCCCGAUGCGCCGAACCCGGAGUGGUCUCUCCUCGACGCCACUGUCGUCUCUUGGCUCUAUGGGUCUGUUUCGCUCAGUAUCCUCGACGCCGUCAUGACGCCCGGCGACGAUCCCCUUGCUGUCGAUCUCUGGAACAGCAUCAACAGUCUCUUCAACGACCACAAGAUCAAUCGUCAACUCCACCGCACGGCCGAGCUCGGCGAUGUCAAGAUGGGAGAGAUGAGUAUGGCCGACUAUCUUCAGAAGGUCAAGUCCCUCUCCGAUGGGCUUGCGGAUCUUGGUGCCCCCGUUGAUGAUGCCGAGAUGGUGGUCCACUGCCUCAACGGCCUCUCCGAGCAGUACGAGUCCGCCGCCGAUCUGAUCUCCCUCAUGCCCGGUAUGACCUUCGCGCAGUGCCGCUCGUUGCUUGCGCGCUCCAAGACAUGA